AUGCCAAUCAACAAUGUAGGGCAAGAGUUCUUGCGGCCCUCCUUGCAAGUCUCCAGGGAACAGAUCACAGAUCCAUCUGCGAUCCAUAGUCUUCCGGACCUCAUCGAUUUCAACGCAGAGCACAACCCGGAUCAUGAAUUUGCUUUGCAAGAGAUUCGACAGGGAGGCAAGCAUUUCAGCCUAACUCCUGUCACUUUCAGAGAACUUAAACUCGCAGCCACAACUUGCUCGCACCUUAUCCGGAAACAAUUGCCAGCAGAGCCAUCCGAAGCUGAGGGCCGGCAUCAACCGGGGACACGACUGCCUGUUGCAGUUUUUCUUGAAAGCGAUAUCAAUCUAUUCGUUCAUCUUGUGGCUUUAUUAUACUUGAAUAUUCCGGUUCUCGUCCUCUCCAUCCGCCUGAGUCCAGCCGCCAUCUCGCACCUCCUGGAAUCAACUUCAGUAUCCGCCAUCAUCGUAUCACAAAGAAGUCAGGGGACAGUGGAAAGGGCGUGCGAAGCCCUAUCACAGGAAAAGCAAGAGGGCUUGCGACUAGUACAAUGUUCCCCAUUCCAACAGUUAUUGCAGCUCGCGUCGCUGGUUGCCCCAGACGCCCUGGAACGUCACAUUCCCUCCGAUAGGGAGACUGCAAUUAUACUCCACUCGUCUGGUACUACAGGACUUCCAAAGCCUAUUCCCCUAGCCCAUCGGUAUUUGCUGGGUUAUGCAGCAUGCCAUCGCCUAGAGCCAGAUCAAUGUCUCGGCAGGCGGAACGUAUCCACCCUUCCGAUGUAUCAUGGCUUUGGUUUGCUUGCCCCAUGUAUCAGCUUGGCAACUGGGAAAACAUGCUGCUUCCCCUCAGCGUCCGUCAUCCCGUCUGGCGCGUCGAUAGCCGAAUUGAUCGAGAUGUCCGCGAGCAGCUCAUUGAUGACGGUCCCAAGCAUUCUUGAAGAUGCUAAGAACAACGCAAGCCUGAUGCGGGCAUUGAUAGGACUGGACUUCGUGGCGGUAGGGGGUGGCCCUAUUAAGCCUUCCAUCGGUGAACUCUUGGUCUCCAACGGAGUAACGUUGCUCAACCACUACGGCGCGACAGAGAUCGGAGCCAUCGCUCCGAUCUUCGUGCCUGGAGAUGACUAUGACUGGCAUUAUCUGCGUAUCCGGACCGAUAUGGGUCUUGAGAUCAAAGAGGUGGGGCAGAAGGAUGAAAGCGGCGUUCCGUUCUACCAGAUAGUGGGCUACCCUUUCGGUUGGGAUCAUCCCUUUGCAAUCCAAGAUCUUCUGCGACGGCGACCAGGAUCUGCUCACCUUGAAGUGGCAAUUCUGGGCCGCAAUGACGAUCUUUUGGUCCUGUCGACGGGCGAGAAGGUUUUUCCCAACCAGUUGGAAGCCACGCUCAGCAGGCAAGAUGGGGUGAAGACAGCCGUCCUAUUUGGUCAGAACCGUGAAGAAGUUGGAGUUCUGAUAGAGCCAGAAGUACCUCUUCACGAAGAUGAUGUGGGCCCCUUCAUGGAGCGGAUCUGGAAGGUGGUGCAGCGGGAGAACCUUUUGCUAGACCGCCAUGCGCGUGUUGCUUCGAAGACCAUGAUCCUCCUCAAAACACCAGAGAAGAUAUUGCCAAGAUCUGAUAAGGGAUCUGUCAUGCGUGGAGAGACUUAUAAAUUGUUCGCAAAGGAAAUCGAAGAGGUCUAUACUUCUUCUGGCGCCAACGAUUCGCUUUCUUUCACUCUGGAGAGUCAUCCCGACCAGAUCAUCCGCACCCUGCGUUCCAUGGUCGAGAUCUGUGUGCAAGAUCGGGGGUUGCCUGUUACCGAUUGGGCUGACUCGGAUGACUGGUUCGAACAGGGCAUGGACUCCCUGGAAGCAACGCGUUUAGCUCGCAUGCUCAGCCGCGUGUCCAACAAGGACAGCUUCCCAGUCCUGGCAUCCCGCAAAGCUCAUCCGUCAUUCAUCUACAAAUAUCCGAGCUUCAAAGCGCUGUCGGAGUGCUUAUUAGAAGAUACUAAUCUCGAGGAACUAAGCGGCAGUUCAUCACAGUCGCAGUUAAAACAGAUGCUUGAUUUGGCAUUCAAGUACAGUCCUGCCUGCUCUCGGGGUUGGGUUGUGCUGCUCACUGGCGCAACAGGUCAUCUUGGAGUGCACCUGUUGGAUCUGCUAUCCCGCCACACGAAUGUAUCGCAGGUUCUCUGUCUCGGCCGCUUGCAUCAAGGACAGGAUCCCAAGCAUCGGCAACAACAAGCCAACCGUGUGCGGGGGAUAACUCUCCCCGAGUUUGCGUGGACCAAAAUCAGGUUCCUAUCGUCAAAUCAACUACACCAGCCUGAGUUGGGCUUACCACAUGAGGAUUAUCGUCGUCUAGUACGAACAGUAACCCACAUAAUCCACACGGCCUGGCCCAUGGACUUCCAGAGGAAUUUGCCUUCGUUCGAACCGCAGAUCCAGACUGUACGAAGGCUAGUCGACCUUUGUGGAGACUGUCAUAGGGAGCAAAGGCGUUCGAGUCAACCCCGACUACUAUUCACGUCAUCCAUUGCCGUUGGAGCGCGCUUUGCAAGUCGACGGAGGCUGCCGGAAGCACCUAUCUUAGAUCCAUCAGCUACGGCAAAUAUGGGCUAUGCGCGGGCCAAGUGGGUGUGUGAACGUAUCCUCCAUGAAGUGGCCCAGACACAGGGCGAUCUCCUCCAUCCAAUCAUCGUCCGUCUGGGUCAGUUAACAGGGGGUACGCACACGGGGGUUUGGAACUCCAAUGAACAUUUUCCAGCAAUCCUCAAGACAUCACAGCUUCUUGGAGCCUUGCCAGAAUUGGGUGGGUCCUUCUCGUGGAUCCCUAUUGACAUUGCAGCGAAGUCGAUUAUCGAGAUCCUCUUCGCCUAUGCGGACAGCCCGGUCAAGGAUAUCGUGUAUCACAUUGAGAACCCAAUCCGCCAAGCGUGGAAGCCGCUGCUGCCUGUACUUGCCAGAAAAUUGAGGUUGAAAACGCCUCUACCUAUCCCAUUCCGGAUUUGGCUCGAGCGCGCGUCGUCGUUAUCCAGUGCGGAGGCUGACAUGGGGUAUAUCCUCCAUCUUCUACCAUUCCUUCAGGAAGAAUUCCAAGUUCUCUCCAGCGGAGGGGUAGUACUGGAUACCACGCGAGCACGACUGGUUUCGCGCUCGUUGCGUGCCUGCGACGGAGUAACCCUCGAAUUACUGGAUCGGUACCUGGAGUCGUGGAGGAGGGCCAAUAUUUUGCAGUAA